AUGUCUGGAGGGGCGUCCAGCGAGCUCUUCAGCAGGGUCAGCGUGCCAGGCGUCACGCUGGCCAACCUGCUCAGCACGUUCGCUGCGGCGGAGGGUCCCGUCGACGGGCUGCUGCUAGGGCGGCACACCCUGGCAACCACCACGCAGCUGCACGACGAGGAGGUCGCGAGCCACGCGCUGACGACGCACGAGAAGGAGGCGCACAUCAUGGGGACGCACAGCAGCGCGGGCGCGCUCACCAGCGGCUGGUACGACGCGGCGGGCCGGGUGCACGAGGGCCGGCUGGGGGAGCUGGCCGCGCAGUGGCCGGACGACAAGAUCGUCGGGUGGUUCUCCGCGCGCAGGCACUCGGCGCAGGAGCCGUCGAUGCGCGAGCGCGCCGUCACGGCCGGCCUCGCGUCGUUCCUCAUGGGCGACCGCCCCGUGCUGUUCCUGCUGGCGACGGCGCGGCCCGAGCACGACGGCGCGACGGUGGACUUCAGCUACACGUGCUUCCAGUACAGCGCGCGCUCGGAGGACAUGGUGCCCGUGGAGCUGACGGUGCGCAACCUCGCCGGCGGUGCCGCGGCGCUGCGGUACAUGUCGGUGCCCCCCGUGCCCAGCGUCGCGCUCGACGCCGCGACCCUGGCGCCGAGCGCGGACGCGGCGAUGCGGUCCGUCAAGGCGAUGGAGGGCGCGUGCAACACGCUCCUGGAGCGCCUCGAGAAGGACCUGUCGUCGCUCAAGGACAGCGAGGGGCGCGUGCUCGCCGCAAGGAGGGAGCUGGCCGACCUCGUGCAGGCCUCGCGGCCGACGUAG